CAAAUAACUCGUUUUGAAAGUGGCCUUGGAGGGGAAGCAAAAGAUAGGACUGUCCUGGAGGUGGAGUCAAAGAAGUUUCCUUUCUUUUUUAAAGCGAGAAACUAGAAUGUGUUUAGUGCUUAAAGGAAGGAACCAGCCCCAGGAGAGAGAAGAAAAAGUAGAAUGCAUAAUUAUUCCCUCUCCAGGGGACACCGUGGAGCAAAGUUCCUGAGCCGCCUGAGCUGAGGCAUUACGUUUACACCUGAGCAGUCUGGUCUGCUCACAGGUUCCAUUGCAGAAGGACAAUCAGAAAUUCCUAGGGGGACAUGUUUGUCCCGUUUUGACUCUGAACCCUUGGAGCUGCAUUUGGGUGGGUUAAGUUCACUGGUGGGGACAGAGGGCAGCCAGAAUUCCUCAAUCCCUGUGACAGGCCUGGGAGUCUGCAGAAUUUUGUUUUGGUUAUUCUAAACUCCAGGUCACUUAAUUUUCGCACAUCUUUUGGUUGAGAUCAAGGGAUGGGAUGAAAUACGCACACUCUCACUCACAGCCCCCGAUCCCCUGAGGACACAUAAACCACUCUCCCCUCCCCCAGGCAGAGGAAACAGUUGCCUGCCUGUGUUUACAGACCUACCAAAGCAUUCUUCUCUCUUGUCUUCAAAUACCUCCUUGACGUGAGUGACGGGAGCCAAGCUCUACGGACCAGCCUCAGGGCAUUCUGUUGUAAAAGAUGUCUCCUACCAAGAGAUAGACUUUGGGGUCCAUGGCUUUAAAUUUUAGCUCCAUCACAUCAAUAUCCUUCCCUGUAAAAUGAAAUAAUAAAAAUUAUCUCAUUAAUAGGAUUACAUUUGCAAAGCGAUCGGCAUCCGGUAGCCAUUCAAUAAACAUGAAUUUUGCUUUAUUCAAAAUCUUUCACUUAGGUUAUAUCAUUUGCUCUUCACAGAAUCCUGCUGGGCAAACAGCACAAAUAUUGUAAGCACCCCCCCACCCUUUUUUAAAUGAUUAACCUGGUGUUUGAAACUCAGUAAUAAUAACAAACUCUUAUCCAUGCUUACUACUUGUCAGGCAUUGUUCUAACCAUUUUACGUUUAGUCUUAACAACAAGUCUAUGGACUGAGUGCUAAAAGUCCCAUUUUACAGAUGAGGAACAUUAAGGCAGAGAAAGGCUACGUAAUUGCCCAAGGAUGAAGAGCUGGCAAAUUGGAUAGUUGGGAUCCAAAGCCUAGCAGUGUCGCUCUGAAAGAAGUGCUCUUGACCAGUAUACUUCAGUGCUCCUACUUUGCAUGAUGUUUAAGUAGUUGUUUGGACUCCCAUCUGUGAGUCCAAAUCUAGAGCGCACUUCACCCUCCGAGAAGGAAUGCAUUAGGCCCAGUAAACAAAGUACCCUCAUGGAGGGAGCGCCAGGUUGUCGGACCUGCCAGCCGCAGGGAGAGAACUCUAACGGAGGAGGAUGGUGUUGCAUAUGCUAGGGGACUGGGCACCUCGUAGGACCAGAGAGCCGGCCCAGAGAAGGCACACACAGUGGAGCAGCAUGAGAACCUGAGAAAGCCUGGGAGGAGGUGCUCCCUUCAGUGUGCCCUUUAGAGGCUGGGGUCUAGGGCAGAGAGUACUGUUUGUACCCAGAGGACCCUGAAGGUCCGCAGCACCUGUUCAUUCCGUGACACUUGGCACUCUGUAUUGCAGUUAGCAGUGAAUAUUUCUGAUCUGCUCUGAAGGUGUGACCAGGUUUUACCCAUUUUUCUAUCCCCAUGUAGAGCCCAUAGUAGGUACUUCAGAAGUGUGAGCUGGAUGAGUAAAUGGUUGCAAAAGGAAUGUGCUUGAGGCCAAAGGGAUUUGGAAUUUGCUUUAUGUUUUAUUUUGUUGCACCGCAGUGAGUUAAAUCCUACUUUGAAGCUUUCUUUCUGACAGCGAAAACAUUUAAAUGAAGAUUCUUUAAGGACAAAUAAGCCGAUAUUUCCACUCUACCCAUUUUCAUGUUUUUGUGUGUGCACUUUACUCAUUUAAAACCACAAAUAGUAUAACUUUUAAAAACUGAAGGUGUGAUUUAAUAAUAUCCACCUACACCUAUUAAAAUGCUUCCUAAUGCAUAAAAGCCUACGAAUAUAAGCCACAAUGGAUUUUAUUGGCUUCUGUGGAAGUGUAUGAAGUGGACGCCAUGUUCCUCUCCAUCUGAGAUCUGUCAGCAUUACCAAAGUGUUUCUACCUUGUAUCCAUUAAUGGAUAUGAUUGCAAAUGGCGGUUUUAAAAUAAAUGUAAACUGAAGUUUUGGUUUCGCUGGAUAGUAGGUAGGGACAGUGGAUGUAAACUGAAGUUUUGAAGAUGAGUUUCACAACUCAUUUUCUUCAGUGUGCUGGGGAGGAAACACUUUUCCUUUACCCUCUUAGGUUCUGUAUCGGGGGCCCCGUGAAUUAAACAAAGACAGGUUAAAAGGAGAAAAAGGACACCAUUUUUGUUAAUAUUUAUCUGCACCAGAGUUCACCAGAAAGAAAUGAAACUCUAAGAAGCAGAUCCAGGGGCUUACGUAUCAUUUUAACAAAGACAAAGGGGUUUGGGCUUCAUGGGAUGACGAAUUGUGGGGAAGAACUCAGAAAGAUGUAAGGGAACUAAUGGAAAAUGGGGCUAUUUUAGUAAAGGUUCUUUAUGCAAACUUGGUGUUGACAACUCCCUGUCUUCCUUGACUCUUCUCCCUGGUGGGGGAAGGAUCACCUGCGCUGAAGGGAAAUUUACACACUGCUUUUAGGCAAAUAAGGGAAGUGCCGAGAACAGUUCCUGUGUCUGUUGAUUCUUAGUUGCCUUCAGCUCGAAAUAAUCCUUAGGCCAAAACGGCAUCUUUGGGGGAUGGCAUAUUCUGAUCUGCUUCCUAUGAAAAGUAAAGAAUAUUAUGGCUACAUGUGAAUUAUUUCCAGUGUUAUUGCCUUUUUCACAAGUCCUAUUCAUGAAAACAAAACAAACAAGCAAAACCAAAGAAAAAUAAAACCCAGCAGCUUCCUGGUUAAAGAAAUCUGUUUCUAUAGGUUUUCUGACCUAGCACAUGUACUUUUCCUUUCUGUUGUUUGUUGCAUUUCGUUGAGUUCUUUUUUAAAUUAUUAAAAGUAACGUACAACUAUAUAAAGCAUAUUUACAAAAAAGGGGAGAAGACAAGUCAUCCGCAACCUUACUUUUCUACCACGAACUGUUUUUGCAUACUUUCCUUCAGUGUUAUCCAUUUGUUACAGCUGCAGUGACGCAGGGCACACAUGUACCUUCAGACUUAACAUAUCACAACAUGCUCUGUGCUCUUGCUCGCCCACAGUCCUCAUUAUUGAGCAGCUGCAGAGUUCUCCUCACCAUUUUCCAGUCCUCAGACACCGGAGCUGUCUUCCCAGUAGCAGUUUGACCUCUAGCCAGGGGAGGAGGGCCUGUGGGGUUGGCUGCUUCUGGCCAGGUGGAACUUGGGGCUCCAUGAGCCCAGCGGCUGCAGAGGCUCCCAGGUUAAGGUGAAGCCUGGCCAAGCAGGGCUUAUGGCUUUGGGCUACCUUCUUGCUCUCUUCCCACUACCAGACUUCAGAGAGUAGACUUUCCAGGCCAACCCUCCAUCCCCUUCCCUGAGUCCUGCCACAGAGGGCCCGACCAGAGUGGGUCCCUCCCAGCCACUCUCUCCUUCUGUCCUAGCAAUCUGAAGACCUACCGCACACAGAGGAAAAACCUACCCAGCGCACCCUGGGCGUCAUGGUCCACCUGCUGGCCUCCGAAGUGCAGCAGCUGCUACACAACAAGUUCGUGGUUAUCCUGGGAGACUCUGUCCAAAGGGCCGUGUACAAGGACCUGGUGCUCCUGCUGCAGAAGGACCUCCUGCUUACUCCCACCCAGCUCAAGGCCAAGGGGGAGGAGAGUUUUGAACAGGACACGCUGGUGGAUGGAGGCCAGCGGGGCCCCAUGCACAACGGCACCCAGUACCGGGAGGUCCGCCAGUUCUGCUCCGACCACCACCUGGUGCGCUUCUACUUCCUCACACGUGUGUACUCCAACUACCUCGAGGCCAUCCUGCACGAGCUGCAGUCCAGCAAGCACGGCCCCCCGGACCUGAUCAUCAUGAACUCCUGCCUCUGGGACCUCUCCAGGUACGGGCCGGACUCCUGGAAGAGCUACCUGGAGAACCUGGAGAGCCUGUUCGAGCGCCUGGGCCAAGUUCUGCCCGAGUCGUGCCUCCUGGUGUGGAACACAGCCAUGCCCGUGGGCAAGCAGAUCACUGCGGGCUUCCUGCCGCCAGAGCACCGGCACGGCGAUUCCUCCCUGAGAAACACAGUCAUUGCAGCCAACUUCCACAGUUCUGUGGAAGCAAAGAAACACGGCUUCGAUGUGCUGGACUUGCACUUCCACUUCCGCCAUGCGGGGUGCCACCUGCAGCGGGAUGGAGUGCACUGGGACCAGCGAGCGCACCGCCACCUCUCCCAGCUGCUGCUGGCCCACGUGGCCGACGCCUGGGGUGUGGAUCUGCCCCAGCGGAACCCGGUAAGUUCCUGGAUUCAGGAUGGCCCCGCGAGGACCGGACCUGACCAGGGAAUUGAGAGGCGGCCCCAAGCCAGCCCAGAAGAACCGUCCUUGCGUCCUUCCGGGUACCGCCCCCUGCUCCCACUUCCCCAUCGACCCCGACCCCCACAUCCCUUCCAGCCCAUAUUCCCACAUCGUCGUCCCUUUCCCUUUGGCCAGGUGAUGACCCGGUUCCUGUUCUGUCCCCAAGAUAACGAUUUUGCUUCAGACCAUCAUUUCCAGUCCGAUCAGUUCUCCUCAAACUAUUUCCAUUCAGAUUUCCCCUUGCCCGCCGAGAUAGGAUUUUCCUUUGAAGAGGAUCUCCAGCCACCUAUGCCCCCUUUCCCCACACCCUACCUGCAGCGGCCCCCUGUGGUUCAUAGGGGUUUUCCCCGGUAUGUACCUCGUGGCCCCUAUGUGCCCUGGGGUCGCCGGCCCAGAUAUUCCAAGAGACGGGCCCUAUCCCACCCACAGCCAAGGCCUCAGUAAGCUGACUUGGGGGCCUUUCUCCUCAUGAUGGACGGACUAGGCAGAUCAUCUGACUCUCCCGAAACAGACUGGCCUGUUAACGAAGCCUUUGGUCCCUGUUUGGACUUCUUUUGGGUCAUUGCUGUUACUAAUAAUGGCAUGAAAGAACAGUCUCCACCACUUUUGUUGGCUAUGGUCUUUUCGUCCAAUCUCUGGCGGUAACGAAGCAUUAUUCCUGCCUCUCCACUCCCUUCCCUCUUCGUGUUUUUGUUAACAUAAAAUUGAAAUAAAGAAGUAGUUUCACAAAA